GCGGCAACUCAUCGGAUUGCUCCAUAUUUACAUAUGUAAGAUAGCGCAACGCGGUUGCGCUAAGACACUAUAUUAAGUUGUCGCCACGCUAUUUGCUCUUAGCAGGAUGUUGGAGGAUACGUCAGUGGUAAGUUAUGAUGACGACAUCAGGGACCUUCUCGUUGACGGCCUAUUUACCCGCGAAUGGACCAUUGUUGGAACCCAGCCGCCAAGCAGUGAUAACGCAGAAUCGGGAUAUUUUAACAUGUACUAUAAACAAACGUACGAUGACGACAAUAAACGGAGCCGAAACGCCGCGAGAGAGAAGCCCCUGACGUUAAAGCCUUCACAGCCCGAUCCAGUAGAGCUGCUGCCUCCUGUUCCAUCGACGCUAGGACCGUAUUACAGCUACUUCAGAGAUUGCGUACUGACUGGGAGGCACGGCGAGAUGCUAGUUAACUUUUGCCGCAAUGGAAAGAAAUCACCGUGUGUAGACAUACCUGGCUGUGCACUUGUAGUACCGACGAAAACUGCUGACGUCGAGAAUUUUACAUUAAUUAAACUAGGCAAUGUGCCGUGCGUGCCUGUCGUUCCAACAAGUAUCAUUUUGAAUAUUAUCGACUCUCUUGCCGAAGUGUGUCAACCUGUAUACCCGUCGUUUCAUGAUGGAUGGGCGUACAACGGUUCUAGGGUACGUAUGUCAAAGAUGUACACAGAAUGUGAGCUGGACGACAAUGCAUGGAAGAAAGAAGGAUUUGCAAGAGACUUCUCGCGGCUGGUCAGAUGUGUUGCAGUAGCUACUGCAACGUUUACCGUCUCUGUUGUACUUAGUCCGAGCGUUCAGCGAACACGGUAUCCGACACACAAGAAGGUGUUGGAAGUUGUUAUUCACAAUAUAAAAUAGUAUUUGCAUUUAUUAUGUCGUGUUGCAAGCUAGCAGCAUUAUACAAGGAGUUUGGGAUCGGUGUUUGUGAAAGGGCGAAGCAUCGCAGAUCGCCCAGUAAAGAACAAUUUGCAGCGGUUAAUGCUCAUAUUGAACAUAAAGAGCUGCCGCUAGUUGGCGAUGGGGAAGUUUGCUCGCACAAAAAUAUUAAGUUUUCUUCAUGUGUUAAACCUAGGGCAUCAACUGUAGCAACAAUUAUUGCAUUGAUUGGCACAUAUUCUAACGUUGGUAACAUCAUAGUGUUCGCAGAUCAAAGUGAGGUAGACUCCACUCUUGGAGCGCUGUCGCAGAUGAGAUUAUCAUUAGGUGUCGGUAUCACUAUAUGUGUUAGUAGCGCCGAGGAUAACAUGUUUGCCGUUAAGGUGUAUGAGAGUAACAGUAUGAUGCUUAUGGCAGAGGAUCCUAUGUUGACUAUGGUAUCACAGUACAUCAGAAGUGAGAUUUCUAUGUCAUUCUAUCUAAGCCAGGAAGCUGUCGUGUAUGCUGCAAUUCUACAAACAACGAACAGAGCUAUGUGGAUACUAGAAGAAUCGAGUAUACUGACAAUGACAGGUACUACCGGUACUCGUAUGUUACCGCGGUUCUAUACUGUUCCAUAUAUCAAAUCUAACUUUCGUGUCAACAUUGGGCCUGCGGUGACAAAUGUUCUGCCGAGACGUGACAGGGCGCAGCUGCAGAUGAAUUCUAUCACUACAGGGGUCCUCAAUGCCGUUGCUAAGUCAGGAAAGUGUUACUAUUGCGAGUACAUGCAGCAUAUCCACGAUGAUCUGUGCCCUGACUCUAAGGCGCCGCAGCCGUUUGAGCUAGAGCUGGUAGGCGAGUUCGCAGAGGCGUGAACAGCAUCAUGCAGCUUUCGCUGCAUGCUACACAGCUAUAAUGGACCGCACAGUAGAACUUUUGCAUACACGAUGCAUCGAGCUACUACCGGAUAUUGGCCUAUAUGAUAAUCUUACCAGUGUUGUUGCACCGCUGACAAGAUACAUUCUCUCUAUGUACUGUGCUCUGCCGAUAAAGCACAUAAUCUUAGCUGAACGUCCUUAUGCAACAGACAUACACCCGUAUGUAGCUUCAGCGAUGUCAUAUGAUCCUGCAUGCCAACACACGCCAACGCCGUCGGUGCAUUACCUUGCCUUGGAUCUUAGUAAUAAAUCUGAUAUCCUAUACGAUGAUGCUGUGCGUUGGUUUCGCGAUAGUUGGCAGUAUCUAUGCCACGGUGUGAUCGCACUAAACGUGUGUACUACACAUAAAUUCAUGGAUGGUAGGUCAGAACGUGAGAGAUCGAAAAUGGAAGAGUUCAUACGCGAUCUGAUACGUGUAUCAAUUAAGCUCAGUGAGGACAAGAUACAUGUGUAUGCAAUGGGAAAUCCUGCAAAGCAUAGUGCUAGCCGUAUUAGGGCAAGCGUCAAGGAUGCUGCUUCACGUAUAAGGAUUCAUAAAUGUGAUAAUCCAGCGGCGCUCGAACACAGGCGCAGCGACCACAGGUCGCGCACCUACACGUUACUGAGUGCAAGCAUCGUGAAACUCUUAUCAUCGUUGAUUCGUGACACAUCCAGAAGCAGGGUCCGCUUAACGUUUAGUGAUUUCGACAAGAUGGCUGCAGGGCAACCGAACGAGCACUCGCGGCUUGUGAACCGGGGUAACAGCAUGGCGGAUGUCUUCACUGAUAUCGAAGCGUACUUUAAGGGAUCGGGUAGCGGUAAAAUGGUAGAGCGCAACGAUGAACUGUUCGGUAGGGCAGCCAAGGAGAUGAAAGAGUUUGUACUGGCGCUCCAAUCAAAUCGUGUGCAGUUGCUGUUCGCUAAUCUGAACGAACCUAGUGGAACGUCAAAGCAGGCAUAUUACAAUACUAGGCAGAACUAUAACAGACGAGGAUUUAAUCCCGGUACAUCGUCGAAGGCUCCAUCUAGUGGAACACCAGGUAGGAAGCAGAAGCUAGGUUUCGCAGAUGGUGAUGAUAACACUGCAGGAACAAGCACACCUGAUGAGAUAACGAAGAGCGAAGCCGACUCUAGAAGUAAUGCUGAUGUCAGAUCUGUAACGUCGUCUAACGUAACUACUGACAAGAAGCACACGACGUAUAGCACGCCUUCACGCGGAGGUCGACUGAUUGGCUUCGCUGAGGAAGACGAGGAUACCGAGAACGAACGUAAGCCCGCUCAAGUUAGCACCCCGGUAGCAGAGACUACGGCAAACACGGCAAUGAGCGACUUGGAGGUGCAAGACAUGUCUUACGUCUCCGACUUUAUAGAGACCAGUGAGGAGUAUAUAAUGGAUCCUGCAAUCAGAGAGUUCCUACACGAAGCUGUCAGAAACCGCAAAGCCUCGUCAGACACAGCACUUGAGGUUUUAAAGAUUAUCAGGGAAACUCGUACGUCACCAAACCAGCGGUCAAUCGAAAGUGCGCUCGGGUAUGAUGAUCUAGCCAUAGUUGACAUGCCUAGUCCUAUUAUGCAGUGGAUUAUCUCGCAAGGUAGCUCCUAGGAACGGUUCUCUGGUUUAUCGAGCACCUUUCUUGCCGCAGCCAAUGGUUUCAUGUUAUCCCUUAAAAUGUACUCUGCAUAUGCCUUACGCAUUGGUAUCGACAUCAUCUUGAUGUUAUCCAUUAAAACCUUACUCGCUUGUACUCUUGUGCUAACGUCAACAAGAUUUAGGUACCCUUCGCUCGUCACAUACGGCCGCGAUAUAGACGCUAGUCUGCGUAGACGUACCGGACUGAUAAGCCCAGUACACGCUAUUAACCGCUGCUUAAUCUCCUCCACCAGCGUUACCAGCGUCGGACAUUUCGAAUUUAACUCUGUCAAAUGCUCGACACGUAAUGAUGGGGCACGACCUAUCGUGGACGCAGCUAUUAUGUCAAGCAUCUCUAUAGAUUCAGUAGAACUUAGUUUGGGAAGUUUGAGCUUUCCUUGGACUGGCGUAACCUGGCUAUCAGCUCCUAUCACGUGCCGUACUGCCCUGGCCCAGUCUUCCAACUCCAUUGCUGCCGCGUCCUGCGCAGCUCCGCUAGUACUCGGCUCAUGGCGGGAAACCAUCUUAUCUAGAUGUAAUAGCAUACAACCUAUCAUGAUCUCAGGCGUUUUUAUCCGGUCGCCGCGAUAGUAGUAUUCUGAUGUUGCAGUCGGUG